CAGCUGAGUGGCUCAAGGAGUUGUUCCUGUGGCAGGACAGGCACCUUGUCCAGGGAUAGUGCUGCUGUAAUGUCAGCUGUGCCAGCAAGUCCACAUCUUUUAUUCAAGAGGUUCCUCGAGAAUUCCUGCAAUCCAUGCUGCCAUUAAGUUUUCCAAGCUGUCACACUGUUAUUAGCCAAGUUACUGUAAGUGUUUUCCCAGCCUUGGAGCAGGACACAGAAGUUGCUCUUUCCACUGGGUGGUUUUUUGUCUGGGCAUUAAUUUGUCUCUGUAGCUGUGGAGCUCCUUGGGUGCAGGACAGCAGCACCUUUGCAGGGGAUUGACUGGAUUUGUACAGGGCAAGGUUCUCUGGUUCUGACUCUGACUGCCACAUCUGUAACAUCCAUCCCUCCAUCCCUCUCUCAGGGAAGUGAGCAAUUCCUGGGCUGUGCUCACCAUGUACCUCUGGAUUGGUAACGGAAUAAAUAAGGGAAUAAUUUUGCUGUAGCAAAUAUUGUAGAGUUAUCAAGGAAAUCGUCAUCCUGAAAUUCCACUGAGGCAUUCUGCUUGUAACUUUGAGUCCUCUAUUAAUGGCUGUGCUCAUUUCCUUGGCUCUGAAGCUGAUCCUGUCCAGAACAAUGGAAAAUCCCUCUUGAAGCAGCUGCUGAAUGUUAUCUGCAUUUCUUGCUGCUGUUUCAGUGCAGCUGUAGGUAGCUACAGAGGUGUUCUACAUGUGGGCUCCUUUCUAUUCCAGAACAGAGAUACCUUUGGAAAAAUGUUACAGAUCAGGGGACGGUCCUGGUUGUUAAGUUGUUUGUUUAUGGCAUUUCCCUUCUAUGCUUUUGUGGUUGAGCAGGAUUAAGGUUCUUCUAAAGCAACAUCUGAGCUUUUUGUUGGCCUUUUAAUUCCUGGCAAUCACAGAGCUACAACCCCAGCUGAAUGCUGAGCUCUGUCUUAUUUUAUCCCAGCUUGUGCUCUCUCUUGUGCUUUUCUUCCCAAUGUUUGACAUGUUGCAAUGUUCCAGAGUGAAUUAAUAGGCUGUCUCUUUUUAGGAAAACAAAGUUUUUGGGGGCAGGCAGUAGCAUUUGUGUAUUCUGUUAUCGUGGGUGGCCUUCAGCUUGCAGGGGUCCUUGAAACAGGAAGGGAGCUGAACUCUGGACACAGUUUUCCACUGCUGUGGAGGCUGUGAGUGCUUGUUGGACUGUGCAGCUUUCAUGUUGUUUAGAUUUGUGAUUCCUAGGAACAAAUUAAACCUCCAAAGAGCGUGCUUUCAAGCAGAAAUUCUGUAUUUUUGCAAAAGAAAGGCUCUGUUAACUUCUGAGUGGGACAGAGAGCUUGAAAAUUAACGUGCAGAGAGAAAAAGGGGAAUUGUUUCUUUUAUCUGUGCCAUCUAAAGUGUGUGCUUGAUUGCAGGGCAAAGCUAAUACAGAUGGAUGAUGGAGUGUUUCUGUUCAUGCAGUGCUUUCCUCCAUGUAUUUAUUGGGAUCUCAUUGCAGCCUAAGUGCAAUCCACACUAUUUAUUGAGGUCUGCUUGCCAGCCCAAGUGUCAUUUCCAGUGCAGCAAUGAGCACAUCAGCCACACACAAACGCAGGGUGAGUGUGCCCGUUUGCUCUGCAGCCCUGCAAUGUGCUGAGCCUGCAGGGAGGGCUCCUGGCUCAGCUCACUCUGGGCUUUGAAAGGCAUCUGUCCAGGACAGCAGGGACUCUGGUUUAGAAAGGAUUAAAGAUGCCACUAAGGCAACAGAUACUGGAACAGCACCAGAGUGCAAAAGCUUCUCUAUUCAAGUACAGCCCCAAAGAUUCAGCUUAAAAAAAGAACAAAUUAUACCCAGUAACCUUUAGGAUUCAUAGCAGCCCUGUUCCCUUGGGAAUCUGGAGUUUCACAGGGGCAAUACUUACUGAGUAAAAAGCAAGGAAUUAGCUGUGCAGGUGAGAGAUGGUUUAUUUCCAAAAGUUUAUAAAAUCAAGCAGUGAGGGAGCUGAUUUUUAAGACAUAAAAGAAACAGUUCAGAAACUCCCAUGUGAGAGCAGAAAUGCAGAGGAGACAAUUUAUAUUCAGUUUACCUGUAAGUGAUGGCACAUGGUGUGUGCUCCAGAAACUGAAUGCCCAGAUGAAUUCAGAUUCCUUUGUAAACUCCCAAAAGCAAGUUCACAGCAGUGUAUUUCUGGAAUAUUGCAGCAGACUUGCUCUGAGAAGACUUUGGAACUGAACAUUUUGCACUGGACUGGGUUAGGAUUUUGGGUACUAUGUGGGCGAGCUGCUGUAACUGGUUCUGUGUGGAUGGCUCCCCUGAGGAGAUGCAGCCGCCGCCGGCAGCGCCAGCCCAGGCCUACUCCAACCCCGGCUACAGCUCCUUCCCCUCUCCCACUGCCUCUGAGCACAGCUGCAAAGCCUGUGGCAGGCACUUCGACAGCUCCUCCAGCAAGCACAUCUGCUUGGACUGUAAGAAGAGCUUCUGCACGUCCUGCUCAAACCAGCCCGAGGGUGGGCCCCUGCUCUGCCACCUCUGCCAGCGCUUCCGAGCCACGGCUUUUCAGCGGGAGGAGCUGAUCAAGAUGAAGGUGAAGGAUCUGAGGGAUUACUUGGCUCUGCAUGAGAUUUCCACAGAGUUCUGUCGGGAGAAGGAGGACCUGGUAUUCCUGAUCCUUGGCCAGCAGCCUGCAAUUACCCAGGAGGAUCAGAUAAGAACAAACACAUUUAAUACCAGUGCCCGUGGACAGCAAGACUUUGUGAGUCACCCCCCAGCCAGCCUGGCCUCUCCUACCUCACACGAUGAGUCCUCAGUGUCUGCAGAUCCCAUCUCAAGUUCAGAAGCUCAGGAACACCAACAGGCCAAUGGUCAUGUGCCUCCGAGCCCAGCCUAUGGACCAGCAGCUGAGAGUGCAGCAGAAGAAGCAGCAGCAGAGGAUGAGAUACAGUCUAGUGACUCUGAGGAUAACCUGGUGCUGGGCAGGAAGGCCUCCCUGUCUGACCUGACGAGCAUCGGGGACAUCAACGCGCUCUCCGUGCGCCAGCUCAAGGAAAUCCUCGCCCGCAACUUCGUCAACUACAAAGGCUGCUGUGAGAAGUGGGAGCUGCUGGAGAGGGUCACUCGCCUCUACAAAGAGAAGGACCUUCAACAUCUAGUUUCGGACACUGACGAUCAAACUGGUGCUGCUGGGCCCUCCAGCACCGAGGACAACCUGUGCAGGAUCUGCAUGGAUGCUCCCAUCGACUGCGUGCUGCUGGAGUGCGGGCACAUGGUGACGUGCACCAAGUGCGGCAAGCGCAUGAGCGAGUGCCCCAUCUGCCGCCAGUACGUGAUCAGGGCCGUGCACGUCUUCAGGACAUAGAGCUGCUCUGCCCUCAGGGUGCUGUGCCUUAAAGCCUCAGUGCUCUUAGGGAAAGGGCCAACAUCCCUGCCAGCAGUUACCUUGAUUUGCAUGGACCCUGCUCGAGGGAGGGAAGGAGAAGCCUGGGGAAAGCUGCUCUGCUCAAGCCAUGCCCGACUCUGCUCGCCCCACGUCGUGCUUACACCACAGUGCCUGGACUCCUUGGAGCUCAUUGCCAGCAGUCAUUAACCACCUCCAUCCCAGGAGCAUUGGAGGACAGAUGGAUGCCCAGCUUUCUGCCAGGACCAUCAGCUCCAGAGGCUUUGUAUUUUCCUCUGAAUAAUAAAACUGAACUGGGGUCUCAAAAAGUGUCCUUUGUUUUGCUGCUCAGGCUAUGCCCAGCAACAACUUGAUUUUUGUUUUUUAAGAUUAUAAUGUCACUGUGCUUGUUAAUUUUACUUUUAAUUUAAUGUAAAAUUGUUAUGCUUGCAGGACAGGCAGACUGCCCCUGCUUUCCCUAAUUCCAGCCUAGUGCAAUUGUGGAAAAAUGUGUAAUUUUCUAUCAAGGUUGUCUUUGUAUUAUUGAAAGCUGUCAGGGAGGGAGGCUGGGAAGGCUCAGCCUUGUCCUGAGUGCUGGGUUUUUGUUUCUGUGCCACAGGGAGGUUUCUGGUUUGAUUUUGUCAACUUUGACUUCACAGCUUGUGCCAGAGGUUGGGCUCAAACUGAACUGCCCUCACCUGCUGAGGGAGUCACCAAUCCAAGGCUUGAGUCUUCCCCAGGGUUUGGUGAGGAAGCCACAGAGCUGCACAGUGAGGACUCCACUGCUACACAAUCAUAUUUAAGUACAGGUAACUUUUUCUUUUGUUAGAAGGGAAUCAUGGAAGAAAGCCUUUGUCUCCCUUGCAUCCAUGAGGAUUCUCCACUGCAAAUCAGCUUCCCCAUCCUCCCUAGGGCUCAGGUUUACACUUCUGUUACCUUCCACUGCUUAACAAAGGCAAUUUUGUCCUCUCUGCUGGUGAGGGUGGGGAGAGAGGCUGUGGCCUGAUCCCUGGCAGCUCUCCUGGGCACUGUGUGCAGCUGGAAGAGACUUGGAGAGCUCUGGCAGUUCUUGCUGGAGGUGAUUGGAGCUGGUGCAUUUUCUCCUGCUGCCAGAAGUGCCCAUUGCUGUGGGCUUGUGGCCUCAUUCCAGGGCAGCUGUGAGGCUGAGAGCCCUGUGCAGCUUUUCUGGCUGCUCUGGGCAGAGGGGGGCUCUGUGCUCCAGCCUGGCUGCCAGCAGAGAACAGCAAACCCAGAGGGACUCUGCAGUGAGGCCCCUCACAGCUCCUGUGCACUGGGAACACACAUUCACCCUGUGUGUUCUGAACAGGAGUGCAGGGGCUCUGCUCUGGGAGCUGCAGCCAAAACAGCACCUGAGAUGAGAAAUGCAGGGCUCAGGAGCAGGAGAGCCAUGGAUUUCUCACUGGGGUGGUCUCAGAACUGCACAAACCUUCACUGAACUCAGCAUUCUGAGUUCUGCCUUGGUCCCAGGUCAGGCUGCUCUUUAAUCUUUGACUUAAGGGUUAAGAGAUCCAGCAUGAGAACAAACUGAGCAAGUCAGUGCAUCAGGACAGGAAAAGGGCAGGUAAGAAGUGACUCUGUUUGCUCUGGAGAGGGCACAGGGACCUCAAAGGGCUGCAGGAUACACAAAGUGCAGAACAGCCUCAUGUAGGAAAUUCACUGUGAAAAUUCAUGUUGUCAUAUUUUGCAAUAACUCAGGGCUGGGGGAAUUUAGCAGGAAAUGAUUCCCCUAUGGACAGAUGUACUUUUCCUUGUAGAGGGUAGGCUCAUUUCCUACAGCAGUCAGACCAAGCUGCACAUCAAUGCCUGAAAUUUUAGGGAUGAGAAGAUCCACCCACCCUGUGACUCCAGAAUGUGCUUUGUGAAGGGAGGACUCUUCUUGUUUCCCUUGUAAAAAUGGACUCUCUACUUCUGGAUCUGAGUUGUUUUUAAAGGAAAAUCAAAACCUGGAGGAAACUGAUUAAUGAUCCAAAGGAAUAUAAUGUUCUGAACUAAUAAAGUAAAUGGAAAUAUUUAUGUGGUUUAUGUACACUGUACAUUGUUUAAAGAUUUUAAAAGUUAAUAUUCUACUUGAAAGGGUGUGUUAUUCACUAUUAAAUCCUCUGGUACUAUGACAGUUAAACUUACUAGUUUUGGUACAGAAGUUUGGUUUAUAAUUUUAUAAUAAAGCUGAAAUGUGAUGUAGUUAA